AUGAAGGCCCUCAGGCGAUCCAUCAAAGGCGAGAAGGAUAAGGGACCUCAGAUCUCUAUCGCACCCAAAUCCGCCGUUGCCAUCGUCCCACCGAAAAAGGUCAUUCGAGCCCUCUACGAUUAUGAGGCACAGUCAUCACAGGAACUCAGCUUCUCGCGCGGUGACUUUUUCCACGUGAUAGGCCGCGAAAAUGACACCGACUGGUACGAGGCUUGCAACCCGGCCUUGCCGGAUGCUCGUGGCCUUGUCCCUGUCGCAUUCUUCCAAGCCUUGGGACGUACCGAGAGAGACAGCGCACAAUCCGACUCAGGUUCCGGUAAUGGACGCCCUUCGUCCAAGAAUCCCGAUCACGACUCCGGAUACGCGGAGACGAAUGCGUCCUCCAUGCCUCCAACCCCGGCCGUAAGCCAGCGCAGCUCAAAAUCUGGAGCGAAGAACGGCGCCAUGGUGUACGGAAUUGUCAUGUACGACUUUCAAGCAGAGCGUGCAGAUGAAUUAGAGGCCAAGGCCGGUGAGGCCAUUAUUGUUAUCGCACAGUCCAAUCCUGAAUGGUUCGUGGCCAAGCCCAUCGGAAGGCUCGGAGGCCCCGGUUUGAUUCCUGUCUCAUUCGUGGAGAUUCGCGACAUGUCGACGGAUUCCGCGGUUCAAAACCCCCAGGACGCCGUGAAGAGGGCAGGCGUCCCACGAGUCGAGGAAUGGAAAAAGAUGGCUGCUGAGUACAAAAACAGCAGCAUCACCCUGGGCAAGUUUGACACGGGAGGCCCCCCAGGCCAGCAGGGUAUGGAGCAGGGCAUGGAACGUAUGAGUUUGCAACAGACCACAAGCCGGACAAGCCAGCAGCAAUCACCUCAAGCAGGGCUGCAGUCCCCCCAGCAGCAGCAACGCAACACUCAGCAGAACAUGCAGCAAAAUGCCUAUGGAGCCAAGCCCGCCGCCACUCAGCUGUUGGCUCCCAUUUCCGCGCGGAUACCCAGGUACUGCUUCGCCGAAGAGAAGUACUGGUUCGUCAUCGAGGCGCAGUUGGAGGAUGGCCGUCACUGGGAACUUUCUCGAUACUAUGAGGACUUUUACGACUUUCAAAUCGCUCUGUUGACCGAGUUCCCUGCCGAAGCCGGCAACACCAACACACAAAAACGCACCUUACCGUACAUGCCGGGCCCCGUCAACUACGUGACUGAUGCUAUCACAGAGGGACGACUACACAAUCUAGAUGCCUAUGUAAAGAAUUUGCUUGGACAGCCUGAGUACAUCGCGGGGUGCAAUCUCGUGAGGCAAUUCUUUGCGCCGAGAGAAGGGGACUACGAAAUCGAUGCAAACGGCGACGAGUACAGGUUAUCGGCAGGCUCUGGGCAGUCAUCGGCCGACUCGCCAAGACAUAGUGCUUCAGGGCAGACGUCGCAGAGCAAUCUGAACGGCAAUGGCUACGGUGGGCUGUCGGCCGCCCCUCGUCAGAUGCAGAAUGGUCAACCGCAAAUGACUCGUCAAACAUCCUCACUCUCCCAACCCUCCCAGACCUCGUUGUCACCGGGCAUGCCAGUAGCGGCUUUCAAGGUCAAACUCUUCUUUAACGGCGACACGUUCGUCAUUCGUGUGCCGUCGGAUACAAACUUCCAGCAACUCUACGAUAAAAUCCGGGAACGAGUCAAGGUGAACGGCGAGCUGCAGCUCUUCUACCGGGAUGAGUCCAGCGGGGAUAAGCUCAAUUUGAUGAGCAAUAACGACCUUAACUAUGCGUUGGACCACAACGAGAAGCUGGUCAUUUUCGUUGAGCAAGUUUGA